AUGAGGAAGGCCAGGCUCCGGGGGCUGCUCUGGAUGCUGUUCGUCUCAGGUAAGCAGAGGAAGAGGUGUGAGCUGAGAGAGACAGCUCCCCUUUCUUUUUUUCCAAAGAGAGGAAAGCUAUUCUUCACAGAGCCAACCUCUGAUUCCCCGCUUACAGAACUCCAAGUUGCGGCUGAGGAAAAGAGGACCCUAAAAGAGGGGCAGACCCUGAGCCUGGACUGUGUCUACACCAAGAAGUACUCCUACAGCCAGAAGGCUUGGCAGAGGGUGACGGAUGGAGGGAAGGUCGAGACGCUGGCAAUCACAAACAGGACUUCAAGGAAGAGCAGUCAAGAGCCCGGGGGGAGGUACUUCCUAGAAGACGAUUCCGUGUCGUCCGCAGUGCGCGUCCGAAUGACCAACGUUCAAGUGAGUGACUCUGGACGAUAUCAGUGUGUGAUCUACCUACCUCACAGCGACCCUGAAAUCCUCAGCUCUGUCCACCUGGUGGUGACCAAGGGUUCUUCAGCGACCCCUGUCCCAGGCAAGACUGCUACCCAGAACCGGGCUCAGAUUCCCACCCAUCCUCCUACCACCACUGAGGCCCAGAACAAGUUCCACACCAGCCCCAGGAUAGUGACCCAAGGCCCGCCCAAGUCAACUGCCGGCGUCUCCCCUCCUGGGCUUGGAGUCAACCCCACAAAUAUGACAUACAUCACCAGGACCUUUGUGUUCAGCAUUGUCGUCCCUGUGGUGUGCGGACUCCUGAGCAAGAGCCUGGUCUUCACUGUCCUGUUUGCUGUCACGCAGAAGUCAUUUGAACCCUAGGCCCACAGACCUGUGAGAAUGACCUCUGACGUCCAUCCACGUCCAUCUGGCAGUUGUGCCAGAAGAAGAACGUGAGGGGGAAGGGAAGGAGGGGGCAAUGACAGGAUUAUUAACACAGGUUAUUUCU